AUGUCUUUUGUUAUGAAUAGCGCUGCACGAGACGAGCCGGAAUCCACGCGCAAGAGGAGACGAGAAGAGACCGACGACGGCGAUAUUGAUAGACGGCCUUUCAGUAUACGACAGGACUCUUCCGACCCGUUUGCAAAACCACGAACUUUUACGCCGAUAUGUCUUCUCUCACGAUCGCAACUCCCACUGGCCUACCUGGAUACUGCUCACGACGGCAGCCGGAUUUUCACCGCACAUAUACAGAGCUUGGAAGCUGGGGACGAUGAGAGUAUAUUGAUUGUGGAGGAUCAGCUGGAGCGGAGGAUGUAUGCUGUGGAGAGGGUUCAGCAGAGGAGAUAUGCCCUUUGUCGGUUGGGUGAGAUGGUAAAGAUGGAGGAUCUGAUGGGAAGAGAGGCUGUGACAAGACAGCCUGUGCAGGCUCCGAGGAAGAGAAGAGCGGUGGAAGGCGUGGAAGGUGGAACGCCGUGGUGGGCGAAUGCGGGGAUUGAGGCUGAUGUGAACCAUGCGGUGGUGGCGAAGGAUGGUAUGCCGAAGCUCUCUAUGCUCAGGAAGCAGGGACAAGUACCUUUGGCCGAGCCUGAACCGACACGUGCAGCAGACGUGGGAGUUUCGAGGGCAGCAGAUGAAUCGCGGUACGAAGACAUUACCUCAACAACCUUCGGCCCAGCAGCUGCUCAAGACCCAUUGGAAGAACUGGCGAAGACCUACCUGGAUACCCUCUAUCUCUCAAGGACACCCGUGGCAUACUUCGUCAAAGGACCGCUUGCUCGUGCACGAGCUGCGUUCGCCUCGCAGCCGGCAGAGCUUGUCGCCUUUCUGCGCACUGCAGUGCUGUCAGUAAACGUCACGGACAAGAAAUAUCGCAACGGCAUGUUCGACCACAUCAAAGAACUUCCUUCGCGCGAGUCGCCCCAAGAUCGGCCAAAGAAGAGGAAGCGCAAGUGGAAACCGAAGCGAGACAGGCAUGGGUUCUUUGUCGAUGAAAAAGACUACCUGGAGCAAUGGUGGAUAGGUGACGACGAAGAUCGAACUGCACUGGACUCUGCCGAGAAGAUCGAUGCUGUUAUACGACGACGGUCCCAGCGAAUACGAAGUCGAGAGACCUUUCUACAGGUCGUUCUGAUCUUGGAGAUCUUGGCUCUCGAGGCUUCCGGGGUGAAAUCUGCUACUGCGAGUACUGCGGCUGCAGAGACACAGAAUCUGGAUACGCAAGCAGAGGAGAGCCAUGUUGUGCCAGAUGAGAAAAAGCCAAAGAAGAAGAAAGACGUCGAUUUGUCCGCUCUGCUGGACAAUCUGCUAGAUCGGCUUGUCAUCUGGUACUCAAUCGCUUCGGGAUCACCUGCUAAAAGCAUGGACAAUGUCGAUGACAAGGAGGAGGCCAAUGACGAUCUGAAAAGCUUCGCAUCAGAGGUCAUCAUCCCAUUCUUCUCCGCUCGCAUCCAUGAACGAGCCAAUGCGGCAAGCAAGAAGCUUGGGGGACCAACACAACCACAUCCGAGCAAAAGCAAGGCUUCAGCGCCCAGAAGGCCAGGCGAACCAGCAGUUCGACAACCACCAUCGAAGAGACCCAGGAAGCCGCUCGAAAGGGUGUCUUCCGACGCUCUCAACAGAGCAGGUAAACGACACCCAUCACUGCACCGCGCUGCUACAGAUUCGGAUGUGCUGUCGACCAUGAUCAAGCGUGAGAACAGCGAAACACCACCGCUAGACAAUAUUCCAAUGUCGAGACAGAAAUCGCAGCAGAAUGGUGUGCGAAAGCGUCCCAGCUUGCUCGAGUCUCUUGCAAGACGAGAGGUGGAUCUAUCGGCAAUGUCGCAGGCAACCGAAGCCAAACUGAAGAAGAAAGCAGAGCUCGAAGGGAAGGUGCGCGAUGCUAUCGACACGCUUAAAAAACCUAACAGGUCUCGAGCUGUUGAAGAGCACGCGAAAACUACGGAUGAGAGCUUUGCCAAGGCAAUCGCAAAAGGCAAGUCGAACGGCCAGCGAAAGACGACCGAUAAGAACCCCGUCGCAGUCACUGCCACUCCACGCCAUGUCAAAGCGACUCCUGCACACAGCAGACAUCUAUACCAGGGCCCAGCCCAUUUCCCCAGCAGCGGGAGCGUGUCUAUGGUACCUGGUACAUCGGCCAGGCAGCUGGCCGUACCAGACCAGAUCCCCAACAGUACGUUUGCUGUCCCUCAGACUGGCCAUCGUCCACGGCAUGGCGCAUCGCUCGUCGAUGGCACUCCCUCGCGAGGUUUUGCAAAGUUCAUGCCGACUACGUUGUCGAGGACACCGGCUACGCUCCUCGAGUCACCUACAGCGACACGUAGGCCUCAGAUGCUAUCGACGCCGGCUAAAAUUUCGAGGAUGCCGUCACUCGUCGAGCCGCCUCUCACAAACGUCCCUGGAUCCAGCUUGAAAGGAAAGACGUAUAGUCGAAGCAAAAAUGCUGCCGUUUAUCCUUCGACCACCGAUCGCAGAGAGGACUCUGGCAUCGCCUUGAACGGCGAUGCAGCUUUGUACAAUGCCCUAGGCUGGGACGAUGAUGAGUACGAAGAGCUUCCGUAG